UGUUAAAAAGAGCAUAUAAAACAACAGACGUGUAACACCAAGACAUCGGAAGUUUGGCUAACCAUAUGAAAUACAUCAGCUUUUAAUCAUGAUGCUUUUUCCUUCGACAUUUUUGUAUACCUGUUUAUUCUACUUGGUAGAAAGCAGUCAUUUUCGAGGAGGCAUUAUAUCAUGGAAGCCAACAGAAAAUAAUCAGAUCGAGAUUAACUACAGAGUUAGUUUCCGUAGAAGUUACCAUAUGUGCGAUGAGAAAACAAUCCAAAAUGGGACAUUACUACCUGGUGAAGGGGUGUUAAUGUGCUUAAAAGGAUGCAGUGGAUCAAUUACUACUAUGUCCUAUUACUGUACCGACUUUAGCGCAACUGAAGACUGGACAACAGGAAUCAGCAGCGUUAAAUACAAUAUUUCAGCCGCAAUUGACCAUAUUCAUUUUGGUUUUUCGGGCUGUUGUUGGAUAACUUUAGUUGAAGGCGGUUCAAACUGGAGGAUGCGGACUAUAGCAGAUUUGACCAUAAGAAAUGAUACAGGGAAAAUAAAUUCUUCACCAAUCUCUGCAAUGCAGCCUAUCAUAAGAUUCAGUUAUGGAUGUGACUAUACAUUGAAAAUACCUGUUGCUGAUGAUGACGGUGAUGUUGUUAAAUGUCGAUGGUCUACACCAACUCCAAAUGAUGAAUGCGGUGGUGUAUGUGAAGCGCUCAGUGGUUCUUAUUUAGAUGAGAGAUCAUGUGUUUUGACCUACAAUGCAACAACAUAUGUAGGUUGGUAUGCUGUAGCUUUGCAAAUAGAAGACUUUAAGAAUCCUUCAGAUACAGUUCCUUUCAGCAGUGUUUCUAUGCAGUUUUUGAUUGUUGUUGGUAAUUCAAGCGAGCUGUGUGCCUCAAGACCAGUUUUACCUCCCAACAUAAUAACUGAUGGUUCGAUUCAUCACAUCCCUGUCAACACUAUUUUUAAUGAGUCGAUUAUUGCUAGAAGUGGUUUGGAAACAUUAAGUGUAACAGCAAUUGAUACAGUGUCACCUAUAGGAAUGAUUAAAUCAGAAUUGUUUCCAUAUGGAUCGACUGGAAGAGAAUGGUUUGUGACAGUAACUUGGAAACCAACUAAGAUCCAGCUUGGCAGCCAUAUGUUUUGUUUUACGGCAGCCGAUAAUAUAGGUCAAACGUCAGACCAGAUAUGCGCUAAACUUGUGGUAGAUGGUGAAGUGGCUGAUGACCGCAAACACGACAAUGUGGUAGUUCUCAAUAUCGAAUGCAAUGCUUUCAAAACACCAGACGACGUCUUUACAAAGUGCAGUGAAGCAGUGGCAGCCGUUCCGCCACUGUUUUUCCUUGAGUCCAGUUGUCCUUCACAUUUUGUUCAGUGUAACGAGCGUGGAACUGCAUAUAUUAUACCUUGUGCGCAUGGAACUGAAUGGAGCCAGAAAAAGAUGACAUGCGUACAAACAGUGGCUGAUCUUAACACUGACGAUGCGACUGAUAACCUUAAAACUGACGAUGUGAUAUUUCUCAAUACCAACUGCAAUGCGUUCAAAUCACCAGAUAAAGUCGUUAUAAAGUGUAGUGAAGCAGUAGCAGCCGUCCCGCCUUUGUUUUACUUAGAAUCCAGCUGUCCUUCACAUUUCGUACAGUGUACUGCGCAUGGAAUUGCAUAUGUCAUGCCCUGUUCUUCAGGAACUGAGUGGUGCCAGCAAAAGUUGACAUGUGUACAUACAGGAUCUUGCAAGUCUUAAUUUAAUUAUUCUGUCAGAUACUUGGAGGACUUUACCAGUACGUCCAAAUUCUAUCUAAUUUCCAAUUUAUUUGGUCAUAUCAUUGAGACAGAAUAAAGGAUCAUUGUGUACAGUUUUUUCUUAUUGUUUCCUACCGUAACAUUUUUGUGUUUUUCAACUGCUCUCAUUUCUUCUUAAUUUUCCUUUUUUUAUAUAAUCUUUUAUCAAUAAUCAACAUUUAUUCUUCGAUUUUUUCUUAUUGUUCCUUUUUUGUAUAAUUUUAAUAUAGCAAGUUCGUUGUAUUUAUCUUGCAUAGUAUAAUAAAUAUAUUUUCUUGUUGAA